AUGUCUCGCAGAUACGAUUCAAGGACAACCAUCUUCUCUCCCGAAGGCCGGUUAUAUCAGGUCGAAUACGCUCUAGAAGCCAUUUCGCAUGCCGGCACAGCUCUGGGUAUCUUAGCACAGGAUGGCAUCGUUCUGGCAGCCGAGCGAAAAGUCACGAGCAAACUACUAGAGCAAGAUACUUCGGCAGAGAAGCUCUACAUUCUGAAUGACAACAUGAUCUGCGCCGUCGCAGGCAUGACGGCCGACGCCAACAUCCUGAUUAAUUACGCCCGACAGGCUGCUCAACGGUAUCUGUUGACAUACAAUGAAGAUAUCCCCUGCGAACAAUUGGUGCGGCGGCUCUGCGAUCUGAAGCAAGGCUACACACAACAUGGCGGUCUACGACCGUUUGGCGUCUCAUUCAUCUACGCCGGCUGGGACCCUCAGCGCCAGUUUCAAUUAUACCAAAGCAAUCCUUCGGGGAACUAUGGCGGGUGGAAGGCCACGAGUGUCGGGGCGAACAAUGCCAGUGCGCAAAGCCUGCUCAAGCAGGACUAUAAAGAAGAUUGUGACUUGAAGGAAGCUUGUGGGAUGGCGGUCAAGGUGUUGAGUAAGACAAUGGACUCGACCAAGUUGAGCAGUGAGAAGAUCGAAUUCGCGACAGUGGGCAAAACGAAAGACGGCAAGAUCUACCACCACCUGUGGUCCGGGGAUGAAAUCAUGGCACUGCUAAAGGAGCACGGUCUGGCCAAGGAAGAGGAGCCUGAGACUGGUUAG